AUGUCAAGUCACCGAGGAAGCGGAGGCAGCCAUCAAGGUGGACCACCUGGACUGAAGCAAAUAGACUUGGACCAGAUCUGGGGAGACCUGAGAGAAGGAAUCGAGCAAGUGUACAACCGCCAGUGCAUGUCCAAGCCUCGGUACAUAGAGCUGUACACUCAUGUCUACAACUACUGCACCAGUGUCCACCAGCAGGUCAGCAAAACGUCUACAAAGGUCAAAAAGGGACACGCUUCUGGUGGUGCUCAGCUCGUUGGACUGGAGCUGUACAAACGCCUGAGAGACUUUCUGAGGAAUUAUUUGAUCAGUUUGCUGAAACAUGGCAUUGAUUUAAUGGAUGAAGAUGUCUUGCAGUUUUACACUCGUCAGUGGGAAGAGUAUCAGUUUAGCAGCAAGGUUCUUAAUGGAGUCUGUGCGUAUUUAAAUCGCCACUGGGUUCGCAGGGAGUGUGAGGAAGGCAGGAAAGGAAUUUAUGAGAUUUAUCAGCUUGCUCUUGUUACUUGGAGGGAUAAUUUGUUCAAGCAUCUCAAUAGACAGCUGGGUCUGAACGAAGAGGAUCCAUCAGCCAAGGGUCAAAAUUUGACAGUAUACAAAGAUUCAUUUGAGAAUGUAUUUUUGGAGGACACCGAGCGCUUCUAUACUAGGGAGAGUGUCGAGUUCUUACGUCAAAAUCCGGUAACAGAGUACAUGAAGAAAGCGGAGCAGAGACUGUCGGAAGAGCAGAAGCGCGUGCAAGUGUAUCUCCAUCAGACGACGAACGAGCGGCUGGCUAAAACAUGCGAGCGCGUGUUGAUAGAAAAACACUUGGACAUAUUUCACGCAGAGUUCCAGAAUUUGCUGGACUCUGACAAAAAUCCCGAUCUGGGCAGGAUGUAUUUAUUGGUCGCGAGGAUACCCAACGGGCUUGGAGAGCUCCGUAAUUUAUUGGAGUGUCACAUUGCCAAUCAAGGUCUGGCAGCUAUUGACAAGUGCGGUGACACUGCAGCUAAUGAUCCAAAAAUUUAUGUUAAUACUAUUUUAGAAGUACACAAAAAAUACAAUGCACUUGUUUUAGUCGCGUUUAACAAUGACAGCGGAUUUGUCGCUGCUCUGGAUAAAGCUUGCGGCAGAUUUAUAAAUAGUAAUUCAGUGACCAGAGCUGCUAACAGCAGCAGCAAGUCUCCGGAGUUGUUGGCUAAAUAUUGUGACUUGCUGUUGAAGAAAAGCAGCAAAAAUCCAGAAGAAGCUGAGCUUGAGGACACGUUGAACCAGGUCAUGGUUGUGUUCAAGUAUAUUGAAGACAAGGAUGUUUUCCAGAAAUUCUACAGCAAGAUGCUGGCCAAGAGGCUCGUCCAGCACAUGUCUGCCAGCGAUGAUGCUGAAGCUUCUAUGAUUUCCAAGUUGAAGCAGGCUUGCGGGUUCGAGUACACUUCUAAACUCCAGAGGAUGUUUCAGGAUAUUGGCGUGUCAAAGGAUCUCAAUGAGGCUUUCAAGAGACAUCUUACUAAUUCUGCUGAACCGCUGGAUAUUGAUUUUAGCAUUCAGGUUCUGUCGUCUGGCGGUCGAAAAUUAAACUGGCUCUACAACAUGUCCAAGGGAGAGCUGCACACUAAUUGUUUCAAGAACAGAUAUACUUUGCAGGCAUCAACAUUUCAAAUGGCGGUAUUGUUGCAAUACAAUGCAGCAACCUCAUGGACAAUUCAGCAGCUUCACGACGCUACUCAAAUUAAAAUGGACUUCUUGUUACAAGUCAUUCAAAUAUUGUUAAAAGCUAAGCUACUGACUGCUCCUGUAGAUGAUGAGGCUGAACUUACUCCAUUGUCAUCUGUUGAAUUAUUCACUGGCUACAAAAAUAAAAAAUUACGAGUUAAUAUUAACAUACCAAUGAAGACGGAGCUUAAAAUUGAACAGGAAACAACACAUAAACACAUUGAAGAAGACAGGAAGCUACUGAUCCAAGCAGCUAUUGUACGGAUUAUGAAAAUGCGGAAAGUAUUGAAACAUCAACAGCUAGUUGCUGAAGUAUUAAAUCAAUUGAGUUCAAGAUUCAAACCGAGAGUACAUGUUAUUAAAAAAUGUAUAGAUAUUUUGAUUGAAAAAGAGUAUCUGGAACGGACCGAAGGACAAAAGGACACCUACAGUUAUUUGGCAUGA